GGAUGACCCACAAGCGUCUCUUCUCGCUCCUUUUCAUUUAACCCCCGUGAACCGAACCGAACCGAACCGGCACUCACUGCAUGCUCCUACAGCCGAAGACACUGCAUCCCCUCCCCUUUGCUGUGGAAUAAUAAAAGCCCCAGCAGUGAGUGAGUGAGUGAGUGAGUCCCCGGUUUAAGCAGCAUGCCCGACGCUGCGUCCGCCACUACCGGCGCCGAUCCAGACGGCUCGCGCCACCGCCACCGCGCGCACGGAGACGCAGAAAAGCCGGAGCAAAGCGCCUCGUGCCAGUCCGCGUCUUCCGGCGUUCUGGAGAAACUGUUUGGAAAGAAGCUGCUGCAGGCUGGGAGACACAUCAUGUCCCAUAAAUCCUGGAUGAAGACAGUGCCCACAGAGAACUGUGAUGUCCUCAUGACUUUCGGAGACACCACAGACGACCACACAUUACUGUGGCUGCUGAAUCAUAUACGCCUUGGCAUCCCAGAACUUAUCAUCCAGAUACGACACCACAAACACACAAGAGUCUAUGCGUUCUUCGUCACAGCAACAUAUGAAAAUCUGUUACGAGGAGCAGAGGAGAUGGGUCUGCGGAAAGCAGUGAAGCCAGAGUUUGGAGGUGGCUCUCGCAGCUUCUCUUGUGAGGAGGACUACAUUUAUGAGAACAUUGAGAGUGAAUUGUGCUUCUUCACAUCACAGGAACGCCAGAACAUAAUCAAAUACUGGCUGGAUAAUCUCAGAGCCAAAGCAGGGGAGGUCCUUCACAACAUCCACUUUCUUGAAGGGCAGCCCAUAAUCCCAGAGCUAAAGGCACGAGGUGUGAUCCAACAAGUCUUCCCCCUCCAUGAGCAGAGAAUUCUGGGCCAGCUAAUGAAAUCGUGGGUGCAAGCUGUGUGUGAGAAGCAGCCCCUAGAUGAUAUAUGUGAUUAUUUCGGCGUGAAGAUCGCCAUGUACUUUGCCUGGCUGGGUUUUUACACAACCUCUAUGCUGUAUCCUGCUGUGAUUGGCUUUGUACUGUGGAUGCUAACUGAAACUGAUCAGACCAGCAGAGAUAUAUGCUGUGUAGUUUUUGCCCUCUUUAACGUGGUGUGGGCCACACUGUUCCUGGAGAGGUGGAAGCGAAGAGGAGCCGAACUGGCUUACAAAUGGGGCACGUUGGACACACCAGCUGAAUCACUUGAAGAGCCACGGCCACAGUUUAGGGGUGUGAAGCGGUGCAGUCCGGUGACGGGCUGUGAGGAGUUUUAUUACCCACCUUGGAGGAGGAGGGUGUUCAGAUGGUUGGUUAGCUUUCCUGUCUGUAUUUUCUGCCUUUGCUUUGUCUUCCUGGCCAUGCUCAUCUGCUUUGAGCUUCAGGAAUUUGUGAUGGGGAUUAAAGAGCUGCCAUGGGUGGUGAGGUUUAUCCCUGAAAUCAUACUGGCCAUCACUGUGACUGCAUGUGACGAGGUGUACAGAAAGAUAGCCUGUUGGCUUAAUGACAUGGAGAACUACAGACUCCAGAGUGCCUAUGAGAAAAAUCUCAUCAUCAAAGUGGUUCUUUUUCAGUUUGUAAAUUCAUAUCUCAGCCUUUUCUACAUUGGAUUCUACCUCAAAGACAUGGAGCGUCUAAAGGAGAUGCUAGCAACACUGCUGAUCAUCCGCCAGUUCAUGCAGAAUUUGAAGGAAGUGCUGCAGCCUUACCUGUACGAACGCCACCGCCUGGGAGAACUCACUUUGCGUGCUGUCUGGGACCUGCUAGUAUCAGCAUUAAUAAAGUAUGGACGUCUGGCAGUUGGAAGGGCAUAUAUGUCUCCCAGCAAACCCAGCUUCCCCGGGCAGGGCCUACAGGGAGACCAGCAAGGUCUUCUGGGCCAGCAAGAGCGCCAUGAGCGUAAGUGUUUGAACGGAGGCUGCGGUGUCCCAGAUGAGGAGACUGAGGAAGAGGCUGGAGCGAGAAACAGUGCAGAGGAGACAGAGGAAGAGAAUACCAUUGAUUGUGGCCUCAAACUGCGCAAAGUUAACUUCAUCGAGAAGGUGGAUCGCAAAUCUAUUGGUUGCGUAAGUCCCAUGGAAGAUAGCUUCCUAGAGGAAGGGAGCCCCACCAUGGUGGAGAAGGGCAUGGACCCAGCUUUGGUCUUUGAGAUGUGUGACGAUGAUGAUGAUAAUAUCAUCCCAGAGACAAAGGAGCAGAUCACAGAGUCAUCUGGGCCUGACAGCAGUGUGCCGCCGAAGUUGCGAAAGCGAGGACGGAGUCUGGAGAGAGCUGACAGUAAGACCAGGAGGGAGUCAUGGAUGGAUCCCCCUGAGGAGCAGGAGACCAUUUCACUCACCCAAGCUGAAAUUGAGAGCUGCAUGCAAACAUAUGAGGACACAAUUCAGGAUUAUCAGGAAAUGUUUAUUCAGUUUGGCUACGUGGUGCUCUUUUCCUCUGCCUUCCCACUGGCAGCCAUGUGUGCCCUCAUUAACAAUAUCAUCGAAAUCCGUAGUGAUGCCUUCAAGCUCUGUUCAGGCCUCCAGAGGCCAUUUGGCAUGAGAGUGGAAAGCAUUGGACAGUGGCAGACACUAAUGGAGGCCAUGGGUCUGUUAGCAAUCAUUGUGAACUGUUACUUGAUUGGUCAGUGUGGGCAGCUACAGAGGCUCUUCCCUUGGCUAAGCCCCGAGAUGGCCAUCAUUUCAAUCGUGAUCUUAGAGCACUUUGCUGUCUUACUGAAAUAUGUCAUUCAUGUGGCAAUCCCCAACAUCCCCAGUUGGGUAAGCGAAGAAAUGGCCAAACUGGAGUUUCAGCGCAGGGAGGCAUUCAAGAAGCACGAACGCCAAGCACAGCAGCACUUCCAGCAACAGCAGAGGAGAAAAAGAGAAGAGGAAGAACGGCAGCGGCAAGCUGAGUACCAGGCGCGGCGUGAGCGAGACGAUGGGCGGCCUGACACCUCUGGAGGUGACCACCAUCAUGAAAAGAGCCAAGGAGGCAAAUCCAGAUCGGGCGGAGGGGGUGGAGGCUCUGUAAGUGACAAACCGAAGAGACCAAGCUCACUGCUGGCCAACAAUAACGUAAUGAAACUCAAACAGAUCAUCCCUCUGCAGAGCAAGUUUUCCUCUGGCACAGCCCGUUCGCCACAGUCACCAACGGGGAGCGAACCAAAGCUCCCAGGCUUCCUUAGCUUCAAGUUCCUCAAGUCUCCGGAAAACAAGAAGGAAGCGGCAGCAGCUUCAACUUCAGCCAAUUCUAGCAUGGCUGCACUCGCACAGGAGAAAUCUCAGUCCCCCAGUAAGUCCUUCAAUCCUGGGAAACUGUUUAAUUUUGGGAAAUCAGAUGGUGGGGCAUGUGUGAAUGGGGCUCAACUCACAAAACCAGGGGAGGGGGUACAGUCAAUGGAGAAGCCACUGACAAGGUCUGAUCUCAAUGAUGUGCCAGACGAGAUCCCAUCACCAGGGGAAGAGGAACAGGAGAAUGGACACUCAUUAGACUCUGAUUCCUCAGGCCCUAAAAUUUAAAUCCAAUAAAAACACCUACUGUAGAAAAAUGAUUAACAAAGGGAUACAAAAGAUCCCCUCAGUGCCCUUCAGCACAGUGAAAGACCGAGCCUGGAGGCUGUUAAGUUAUACUGUGGGAAGAAUGGAAGUGUUGUAUUUUGCUGAGGAACCUAGGCUUUUCAAAGGUGACUUCCCCUACAUACACACACAAUGCCUUUUGUCUACAAUACAUACAGGAAAGCAUGAGCUGCGUUUCUAAUGCGUUUUGAAAAUGAUAUUCCUGAAAGAAUAGUGCAGUUUUAAGUUGUCAUGGUCUGAGAAUUGUAAGCGUUUUAAGCACCCUUCGUAGUGUUUAAAAAUAUUUUACCAUCAGUUUUAUAUCAUACAAUGAGACCUUCAAAAAAAAAAAAAAACACCACAGAUUGACGAGCUGAACAUUAUCAGUUUGAACUGUGAGUGUUUUUAAUCCUGAAAACUUUUGUACUUAAAGCAGCUGGUUUAGUUUAGCAAAUGCAGCAGUAUUUCAUGAAUAAGGAGGUGCUGUAAACCUGCAAGUUAUAGAAAAUCCUGCAUCAUUAGAACAUGUAGUUUAAAAGUGAAGAAAAUGCAAUACAUUUUGAACGACAGUUUGAAUAACAGAUACACAGGUUUGUGAAGAACAGUCUGGAGUCAUUAGGAACAUCUGCAGGACUGCAUAAAACUUGAGGCAAGUGCGUCAAGGGCAAAACGUGAAUGUGAGAGCAUAGUGUAAAGCAAGUGACAGUGUAGUGUAAAGCAAGUGACAGUGUAGUGUAAAGCAAGUGAGAGUAUAGUGUAAAGCAAGUGAGAGUAUAGUGUAAAGGAGGUGUAUGAGUGGCUACUUCAAAAUACAAUCUGUUCUUGCAGAAGUGCAGAUAGCUGCUUGAACAGACUUUUCCCUCCUUUGUUAGUAUAACCUUAAAACAUAGAAAAGGCUGGAGAUCGAGACUAUCAUGGUACUAAAAUUAAAAAAAAAAAAAAAAUUGUGUGUGAGCCCUCCUGUGCAUCUUAAUAUAUUUAACCUAGAGAAUAGUAUUUGACCUCAAAUUUCACUUUUUUUCGGUUCUUACACUGGUAUGGUGGAGUGAUUUCUUGAGUUGUGAAGAACAUUGUGACAUUCCCUUGAUUUGCAAACUCGAAAGCCUGCUGGACCAUCAUAAAAUACAGGCAUUGCCUUGCAAAGGGAUUAUGUGAGGAUGUGUAAUAAUGCAUAGCAUUUCCAUUUCCACAGUUCAUACUAGUUGCAGCCUCAGAGAACAUUUUGCACUAAAUCCUACUGCUGGUGGGAGGGAAAGACUUUGCUAAGAAUAGGAGAACACCAGCUUGCCUCAUAACGUAUGCAAAUGCUUAAUUAUUGUUUUCAUUGCACUGCACUACAGAAGCAUUAUUAACCCAUCUGGUUUCUGUACAUCUCGGUGCUUUCUCUAACUUUGGUCGAACCUAUUUAUUUGCCUAUUCAUUCCUACCUUGUUUAUUUUAGUAAUUCCGAUUGCAUUACUUGCCAAAGCAAAACUAACAGAAACACUUUGUGCAUUGUGAUAAAGUUUCUUUGUAAAGCCAUAACUGCUUGGAAUAAUUUAUCAGAAGAUACAUUUAGUUUGCAAAAACAUCCUUGCAGCUCUGAUGACCAGGUUAAGGAAAAAGGAAGAAUACAUAUACUGUAAUUUGAACAGUGUUUCAGUGCUGGAUACAGAAGGUGGAUACGGUUCCGUUAAUUCAUUAUCAGUUCAUUUCUGCCAUCAUAUUAACAGUACUAGCUUUAAAAUGUAGCCCAUAGUUGGAUUUCAGCAACCUGCUCAUUGGCUGGACUACAAAUGAAUUAAAAUCACAGAAAUGGAGUUGACCCCAAACUGUAAAUGUAAACAAUUUGCAAAGGUUUUUUUUUUUUAAUGUUUUAUUAGCAUUACCCAAAAUACAAGAUGAACAAAAGGCAAACGAUGUGAGAGAAAUGAUAAGCCAGAUAGAUCAACAAUGGAUUUGAACUAAAGCAAUUCUGUUUAAUACCAGUGAAGUACUUGUGAUUUGAUUACAUUUUUUGUGUAAGAAAUGAGUGCUGCCAGGAAAAAACAACAACAACAAUACACAGUUUUAUUUAGUAUUAUAGUAAUAUGAUAGGUAACAGGAACUAUGCACUUACUUCCUCAUUUCAUCGACAGAGUUGGCUCAAAUAACUGUUGCAAUAAUACGUCAGCCUGAACAAUAAUCCUUACUCAUCCAGAUCUGAGGUUUUACGUCCUGAAUGUUGAGUAAUGUCAAACAGUAGAAUUUUAACAAGAUGUGGUAACUGGUCAUUUGCGAUGUUCACUUUUCAGAUUAAUGUUGUUCACACAACCCAUCUGUGGCCCGAUCCAAACUUUCUGAAUCAGCUCUGUGCUUUCAUUGGAUCUUAAAUAGAAAUUUUUAAAUUUUGAGAGACUUGUGGUAUUUUGAAUAAGUUUCGUCCCGAGUUCUACACAAUUCAAAAUUGCGGUUGACUUUUUCUAAUAUUGCGUCUGUGUUCCAGUAUAAUAAAAAUUAUAUGCUAAUCACAUAUUAAUGACCUUACUAUUUCCUGUUAACUAUGCUUAUAGGAAAUAUACAGGGUUAGUCAAAAUUAUGUUAACACUUAAAUGGUAUUCACAGAACAUACAGUACAUCAUAUGUGCAAGAUGAUUUACAGGACGGUCUCAACCUGUUCAACACACAAAAACCAGCGAGCAACAGUACCAUUUAAUCUGUCACCCAUGGCAUACGUCUGUCUGCAGGAGAAAAAUAAUCCAUUAGUGUUACCAUAAUUUUGAAAUAUAUAUAUAUAAAAUAUAAUAUUGGCGUUUGUGAUGCUUCUUUGGCUGUAUUCAGUGCCUUAAGAAGUGUUUUUUGUUUUUUUAAACACACAAGUCAUUUAAAAAAGAUAAACUGCAAUCCAUAGCAAUGACAUUUCAUAAUCAACUGAGUAUUUUAAACUAUUCAAAUAAAAAGGUGUUAUAUUUCUGUUGCUUCAAAUCAAAUUACAGUAUAAUUCUCAAAUAUACCUUGUGGAAAAUGUUGUGUAUUUGGAACUCAGAACAAAGAAUCCUCCAGAGUAUUAGGGCAACGCACAGGAUAUUUCUUGACCAGGUAGAUAUAGCUGUGGUUUAAAAUAGAUUUUCAUUUCAAUUUCAUUAUUUAUUAAUAACAAUAUUUCCUGGACAGAAAAAGUCUCCUACUCCAUUGUGCAGAAGGAAUUUACUCUGUGCAAAGUGAAGUGAAGCGUUGCCUGAUGUGGCUGAUACCGAGGCACGAUGUCUAUCUGCUGCAAAUUUGAAAUAAUAAGCUACAAUUCGUACCCUGUUAUCUUGAGUGUUACUCUGUAUUUAUGACAAUGAUGCUGAGUUUUAUGUCUUAGUUUAACAUGGAUGCUGCAAGGUUUCUGUCAUAUCUGUCCAGCAGUUAAUGUCAUCACCAGUUAACCAUCAGUUAAUGUUAUUUAAUAAGAUCAGACAUUUAUUUUUUAAUAAUCUAUAAGAAUACCUUAUAUGUGACUUAGGAACCGUGGUUUAUGUUCGACCCUACUGUGAAUAAUUAAUGGGCUAUUGAGUUAUACUUUUAAGAAAUUGCCACUCGGAAGCGGAUAUGUACGGUUACAGACAGUGGAAAAAGAUAGCCUAGUCAUACUCAAGUGUGUAGAAUUCCUUCUCUGAAGGCGACCUCACAAACUAACAUGCUCUUCCAAUACACCACUGUAAAGUUUCUUUCAUUUUCAAAGAAAAUGAUCAUAGGAAAUGGUCUUAUUUCUGUUGAUUUAUUUUUGUCAUAUUUUUGUAAGACCUGAAAUGGAAGAAUAAACAGUUUUAAAUUUA